UCUCAUUUAUUGCUUUCUCGUUAGCCUUCAAUUCGUUCACCAAUUUCCUGAGGGGAAAGAGGAGGGGCCUUUUGCCUUCGUGAGAGGAAGAACGGGGCAUGUUCUUUUCUGUCCUCUCUCUCUCUCUCUCUCUGAUCAGACAGACAGACACGCGCAUAAUACACAUAGAUGCAGCAGAGAAACUCUCUCUCUCUCAUUAUUGCUCCAAACCCAUUCAGAGUACAGAUGGAUCUUCGAUUAUAGCGGUUUUAGCAGCUGGAAUCUGCACUUGCACCAUGUGUGUUUCUACUGUUAAUAUAUAUUUUUUCAACAUAAACAUUCAAUUCCACCACUGAAAGAAGAAAUUGGAGAAAGUGUUGAAACUUUUUGAGCCUGUCUCAAGCCUUCAUCAUUCCAUUCAAUGAUUCAAAAGGAUAGAUCAUUGGAUCCCACCUCGGCCAAGUUUUAAAAAAAGUGCUAAAUUCCACGAGUAUUAGCAACCCGAGAAAGGAACUAGCAGUUUAGGAAUAUAGAAAUCAUAGAGAGACGAAAAGAAUGGUUAUUUUGUGGUCUGCGAGUACUGGGAUGAUUGAUUUCACGUGAAAGUUCUGGCACAGGUUCCGUGAGUGUUUCGAGUGUGGCGUAGAGUGGAGGAGUUUCGAGAAAAGCCAACCACUUUAACCGCAGUAAGUGUCUCCGAUUUCAUGGAUCCCCACCAGAGCUCCCAAACAGAGCUAUUAGCUAGCUCUUUCAUUCUCAUGGUUACUUUACUUUACUUGUGUUCUGUUCAAGUUUGUGGUUUAGAUGAGUAGUUGAAGACUCUCUUUUUUCCCACAAGAAUGUCAAUGGUAGAUCUGAACAAGACUUAAAAGUGAGUGAGAAGACCAAAGAAAGAUCUGUUGUGGUCUCAACCGUUUUUCAGCUAAUUUAAGUAGCUAGCAGUGUGUGUGUGGUUGGUCCCGACCAUGGAGAGAUCCUAUGAUGUCGUCUUUGUUUUUCUCCUUUGUCUCUUCCUGUCCCAACCAGCAAGAUCACAAGAAGACGAUUCACAGGCACUUCUGGCAUUGAAAUCCUCCAUAGACGCUCUCAACAAGCUUCCAUGGCGAGAAGGAACCGACGUGUGCACGUGGUUGGGGGUCAGAGACUGCUUCAACGGAAGAGUCAGGAAACUAGUUCUGGAACACUCCAAUUUAACAGGUCCUCUGGAUUCCAAGAUCUUGGGCCGUUUGGACCAGCUCCGAGUCCUCAGUUUCAAAGGAAACUCACUCUCCGGCGAAAUCCCCAAUCUCUCCGCCUUGGUCAACCUCAAAUCGAUUUUCCUCAACGAAAACAACUUCUCCGGCGAGUUUCCCGCCUCGGUCGCGUUCCUCCACCGCGUGAAGGUCAUUGUUCUGUCGCAGAACCAUAUCUCCGGCGACAUUCCGGCGUCGCUGCUGAAUCUGCGGCGACUGUACGUUCUCUACUUGCAAGACAACGCGUUCACCGGACGCAUUCCCGGUUUCAACCAGAGCAGCCUCAGGUAUUUAAAUGUGUCCAACAACCGGCUCUCCGGCGAGAUUCCGGUGAGCUCGGCAUUGAUCCGGUUCAAUGCGUCGUCGUUUUGGGGGAACCCGGGGCUCUGCGGGGAACAGAUAGAAGAAGCAUGCAAAAACGGUUCAUUGGCGCCAUCGACAAGCCCUAGUUAUCCGUUGAUACCAAGGACGAUGGGGAAAUCGUCGACGUCAUCAUUGAACCGCACGAAGUUGAUAAAAAUAAUUGGAGGGAGCGUGGGUGGAGUUGUUUUGGUAUUAGUUUGCAUGGCUGUGGUGUGGGUUGUGAUUUGCAAGAAGAAGAAGAAGAAGAAGAAGAAGAAGGGUGGUGCAGAAGUGGCAGAAGGGGAAGUUGGUGUGGCGGGAGGAGGGGGAGAAGAAGAAGGGGGUUUUGCGUGGGAAAAUGAGGGUGUAGGGAAGCUGGUGUUCUGCGGAGGAGGGGAUCGGGAGAUGAGUUAUAGUUUGGAGGAAUUGCUCAAGGCAUCGGCGGAGACAUUGGGGAGGGGUAUAGUGGGAAGUACGUAUAAGGCAGUGAUGGAAUCGGGGUUCAUAGUUACUGUGAAGAGGUUGAAAGAUGCUAGGUAUCCUGCCUUGGAAGAGUUCAGGGCUCACAUUCAAGUCCUUGGGAGCCUCACCCACCCUAACCUGGUCCCACUCAGGGCUUAUUUCCAGGCUAAGGAGGAACGCCUCCUCGUUUAUGAUUACUUUCCUAAUGGCAGCCUCUUCUCCCUUAUUCACGGAUCAAAAACAUCUGGUGGGGGGAAGCCUCUUCACUGGACAUCCUGCCUUAAAAUUGCAGAAGAUCUAGCAACAGGCAUGCUAUACAUCCACCAGAACCCUGGCUUGACACAUGGAAACCUGAAAUCUUCUAAUGUAUUGUUGGGUUCUGACUUUGAGUCAUGUCUUACUGAUUAUGGUCUCACUGUGUUCCUUAAUCCUGACUCAAUGGAUGAGCCUAGUGCCACUUCUUUAUUCUAUAGAGCACCCGAAUGCCGCAACUUUCAAAGGUCACAAACUCAACCAGCAGAUGUAUACAGUUUUGGGGUCCUUCUUCUUGAGCUUUUAACCGGCAAAACACCCUUCCAAGACCUUGUUCAGACAUACGGUUCAGACAUACCUACGUGGGUUCGGUCAGUGCGCGAAGAAGAGACCGAGUCCGGGGAUGAUCCUGCCUCAGGCAAUGAAGUAUCUGAAGAGAAGCUUCAGGCUCUUUUGAACAUUGCAAUGGCAUGUGUUUCACUAGUACCAGAGAACAGGCCUACAAUGAGAGAGGUUUUAAAGAUGAUUAGAGAUGCAAGAGGGGAGGCUCAUGUCUCAUCUAACAGUAGUGAUCACUCCCCUGGUAGAUGGUCAGAUACUGUUCAAAGCUUUCCAAGGGAAGAACACCAGAGCAUAUGAUUGGUAACUUUUUUUGACAGCGUAAUAGUUGAAACUAUGCAUUCUGAUUUUUCCUGAAUUGGUUAUUGAUAUGAUUCCAUGCAUAAAACUAGGUGAUACGUAAGGACCUACAUUUUUAAAUCUCCUUGCUUUGUGAGUAAAAAAUGCAUUUUAAAGGGUAAUUAACGGAUUCUUUUAUAUAGUCAUCAAAGAUUCAGGUUGCAAAGA